AUGAAGAAAACAGCUCAAGAGACGCUUGCUCACGAUGAGCCUCCAACACCUGGUACAGGCAAGGUCAUCCUCAUCAUAGACCAGACUAUUCUCGCGACUGUGACUCCAACAAUUAGCAACCACUUCCACGUACUGAGCGAUGUUGGCUGGUGGUCCGCUAGUUAUCUCUUCACCCUGAGCGUCUUCCAGCUGUUCUACGGCAAGCUCUACGCCCUCUACUCGAUUAAGCUCGUCUACCUUGCGGCCAUCAGCAUCUUCGAGCUCGGCUCUCUCAUCUGCGCCGUGAGCUCGAACUCGGCUGCUUUGAUCUCCGGACGCGCGGUGGCCGGGCUCGGCGCAGCUGGUAUCUUCUCAGGCUCCAUUAUGGUCACUACCAUGGUGAUCCCGCUCGAGCGCCGAGCGACAUACUUGGGGGUUAUGUCUGCCGUCUUUGGCGUCGCGGCAAUAGUCGGCCCGUUCAUCGGCGGUGCGAUCGCAGAACGGACGACCUGGCGCUGGUGCUUCUGGCUCAACCUGCCGCUUGGUUUCAUGACGGCCAUCCUCUGUGCGUUCCUCGUCCGGACGCCUCCCAAUCACCACGCACAACCACUAAGCUCGACCGAAAAGUUGAGGCAGUUUGACUUCGUGGGAACCAUCACUUUGAUUGGAUCGCUGGUGUGUCUCUUGUUAGCUCUCGAAUGGGGCGGCUCGACGUACCCUUGGAAGAAUCCUCGCAUCAUCGCACUGUUUGUGGUGGCUGCUGUCCUUGCCGCCGCGUUCGUCUUCGUACAGGCACUGCCAAUUUCGAGAGUCAGCGCGCGCACCAUCCCGUCAAGUAUCACUGCCAGCCGGUCCGUCUGGGCGGCGGCGUCAUAUGCAAUGUGCAUCACGGGCGGGGUCUACGUCGCGAUCCUCUACAUCCCGCUGUGGUUCCAGGUGAUUCAGCGCCGCUCGGUGCUAGGUUCAAGCGUCAUGAUCACGCCCCUGAUCGUCGGCUACGUCGUGUGCUCUGUCGUAGCAGGAAUCCUAACCAGCACGAUCGGGUACUACAAUCCUUGCAUGAUCGUCGGCACGACCCUCACCGCCUGCGGGUCCGGCCUCCUAACCACCAUCACCCCCAACACAAGCACCGGAACGUGGAUCGGAUACCUGGCACUCUACGGGCUCGGGGUGGGCCUAGGCUUCGGGCAGCCAAGCUAUGUGGUGCAGACCGUUCCCCCCAAGGAGGACGUGUCCAUUGGCGUGACGUUGAUCACGCUGGUCCAGAACCUAAGUGCAACCGUUUUUGUUGCGGCAGCGCAGACGAUCUUCCAGAACUCGUUGGCAAGUCAAAUACGGUCCUUGGCUCCGGGUGUCAGCGCGUCAGUGAUAGCACAUACGGGCGCAACCCAGUUCCUCGAGCAGUUCCCUGAGUCGAACAGGCCCGCGGUUCUAGAUGCGUAUAGUUCAGCCUUGGCGCGGACGUUUUAUUUGUCACUUGGCUUAAGCUGUGCAUCUAUAGUGGGGGCGGCUUUGUCUGAAUGGAGAUCUAUGAAGGCUCCCAAGCCGGGAACUGAACGAACUCCAGCCGGAGGGGAACGCAGUCACUGA